CAUGCAGCAGCUAGAAGCUUCUAGCCAGAUCAGCGUGACAGGCUCUCAGGUCAGAGCACCCACUCAGUUGCAGGUUGAAACAAGAUGGGCGGCAUUUUUUCAUCUGAGGUGGCUCUGAAAAAGCUGGAGAACGAGGAGGCAGAGAAGAAGAGACAGCAUGAGAAGGAAGAGAAACAAAGACAGCGCGCGGAGGAAGAGAAGAAGAGACAGCAUGAGGACCGGGAAAGAGAACGACAGCACAAGGAGCGCAUGCACCAGAGAGAGCUUGAAGACAAGGCCAAAGAAAGAGAGGUCCGGCGACAGAUGCAAGAGAGGGAAUAUGAGGAGCAAGAGAAGAAGAGGAAGCACGAGAAGAUCAUCACACAACUGCAGAACAGAAACCUGGAAUUGCGCAUUCUCCGCCUAACUGGUCUCUCAUCCAGUAAGAAUUCCCCACAGCGCAUUCUUGUCCAAGAUGAUCACUCAUCAAUCACACGCCCCACUAUGCCUGAUGCUGUUGAGAGUGGUGAUGACAGCAGUGAUGUUAAUAACGAUGAUUAUGUUGACAACAUAGGUUCUCUAUACUGAACUAUACACUGUUCUUAACCCUUCUGAACGGAGGGAUUCCCAGCUGUGACGCCCAGUGUAUUAUCACUUAACCUGCCCAGCACCAAGGAUAUAGUCCAUUUCUCCUCUCACCUUCCCUUCCCCUUUGCACUAAUGGAAUGCUUUUCCCACCCAGGGGUUUAUUUCUGACUUUUCUGAGUCCUAGUUAUUGGCAGUGCUAAUAAAGACAUAAACAACAGAAUGUUGCGAGUGCUUCUUAUGGGCCUAAUCCUGCUCCCCGGAUGUCAAUGGCACAACGCUGAUGUUGGGAGGAAGAACAGGCCUGCUGUGCUUAUUCUGGCCAGACAUUAGCCCCUCCACACUCAAGACUCGUAGCAUUUAAGGCCAGAAGGCCCCAUUAGAGUAAUCGAGUCUGGCCUCCCUCAUAAGCCAGGCAGAGACUCUCACCCAGUGAUUCCUGAAUUGAGAUGAUAGUGUCUGGUUGAGCUUGAGUAUAUCUUUUAGAAACACAGCUGGUCUUCCUUUAGAGCCUGCCAGGACGUCCCUGGUAAGUGGUUCCAAUGGCUAACUGCCCUCGUGUUUAAACGUUCACACCUUACUGCCAGUCUGAAUUUGUCUAGCUUCAGAUUCCAGACAUUGGCUCUUGUUCCGCCUUUGUUAGAUCAAUGAGCCUUCUCUGAGCAGAAAUCUUCUCUAGGUACCUGUAAGGCCAUGAUCAAGUCACCUCUUUGACUUCAGAUGCUCAGUCUACUUAGUUUUCCAAGAGGAGAUAAAGGCAGCGUUUGCAACUAUUGACUCAUUCUUUCAAGUCUUUGCUGAACCCUUUCCAAUUUUUCUAACCGCCUUUUUGAGGUUUGGACACCAGAGCUGACAGCAGACUUGGUCUCUCCAAAGCUGCAUGCAGAGGUCAUGCUAAUGCCCCACUCCUGGAAGCCAUCCAUCGUGAGCCCAGUUCUACCAUCUCCUAACCUACAACUUCGCCAAAACUUAACUAACCCAGCGAGUGUCCACAUCCAUAAGUGCCCUGCAUCAAGGGAAUCAGAGCCUUCCCAAAAUUGGGGGGGCUGGGAGCCCUCACCCCGCUCCUCCUCUUCCCCUGGAGGCCCCACUCCUGGCCAAGCUGGAAGCCAGAGGAGGGCCAGGGAGUCCAUCCAGCACCCCCCCCGGAGUGGGCUGAAAGCAGCCCGUGUGUGUCCCUGCUCCCCAGGGCAGGUGGAGGGACCCAGGCUCCACACAGCUGCCUGGCCAUCCCUGAUGCUGGCCUGGCUGGGGUGUGGGGGCCUAAGGGAGGGGCAGGGGCCACCCAUCCACUUUCAAAAAGUGGGAGAACUAUGGACCUCCUAGCCCCCCCCAAAGUUCCAGCACCACUUUCCUGCAUCACAGUAAUAGGGCUAGCUGUGCCUCUGUCCCCUUCUGGCUUCACUGAGUGCACCCCUCUGGUGCCAGGCCUCUGGCACUAUCUAUGCAGGGAGAGAAUCAAUUGAGUCUUCCAUUCUUAGACCAGUCCCUGAGCUACAGCACCCAGCAGAUCACCUGUGCUUACCUAGCAGGUCUGCCUGAGUCCAGCCCCUGCGGUUCUUCCUUUUGGGCAUUGGCUGCUCACUACUCAGCAGCCUGGUGAACCAAAGGCGGGUUUAUUUGGACGGUAGGAACAAAGCAUGCUGAGAACAAGGCUUGUAAAACAGCCGUCUAAGUCCAGGGCUCACCACCUCCCAGGGUAGCUGCGGCAGGCCUAGCUUCUUCAGACAUGCUCAGUGGGUGCGUGUGUCUCUGCUUAGGUCCCCUCAAACAACCCCCACCCCUAGAACGAGUCCAUUUUAAACCCUAUUCCCUGAGCAGUGGCUGUGCUGGAGCCAUUCUUUCCCUUCUUGCUUGUUUUUGCCCUGAGAGCUAACCCCAACUAACCCAAUUAGCCAGACAGGAACCCCCACUAUCCAGGUCAGGCUGCAGUGUUCCGAACAGCUCCGGCUCGGCCCAUACACUACCCCGCAGGCAGGGCCGGAUUAACUGUUUGUGGGCCCAGCACCAAACAUUGCAAAAGGGGCCAGGGGCAAAAGCACAGCGGGGCAGGAGCUAGGGUUGGUCCCUGGAGCAAGAGAGGGGCCAGGGGUAAACUGCAAGCGCAGCAGGGCUGGGAAGGGAGAAAACAGAAAUCCUCCCCCCCCCCCGCCCCCGCCCACAUAG